ACAAGGUAAAUAUCGAUUGUUUUGCUCGAGGGGAGGUGGAAAAUGAGCGUAUUUCCAAAAAUAAGACGAGUUAGUUAAAGGGAUAAUCCGGAGUGAAAUGCACUUUAGAUCAAUUUUUCGGACUAUUGGGAGUACAUACGUUGAGUUGACACCAAAAUCAUGUCAUUCGGAUGUAUUUUGAGAAAGUUCGAGCUCACCGUUUUUAGCCAAAACUCGUUAGCCUGGAGGUGACUCGGGCAUGUCAUUUCGCCGCUACAAAACGCUAUAUUUAUACCUCUUCUACUGUUCCAAACAACACUACACUUACGUGGUAGUGAGUAGAGGGUCCCUAAAGCCAAACCGAAGUAUCCCCACGUCUUUAUGUGGUCGGAUAGAGAGUCCAGAAUGAAUUUAAUCGAGUCAGUACCUUUCCGGAAAUGUCGCUGUUGCAGCUAGCAACGUUUUCACAACACUUUACUAACAUUUCCGGAAAGGUACGGACUCGAUUAGUACAAUGUGCUUUAAACAUGCAUGCAAAUACCUGCUCUCUCGUUCUCCCACAACCACAAACAAACAAGCAAACAGAUAUUUGUGUAACACUGUCAAUAGUUGCCAUAAACCAUAAAUAAGGCCUUGCUAUAUACUUAUUAUGAAUAUACUUCUUUUAUUUGUGAAAUAUGAUCAACUGAGAUUAAAUGUACCUGUGUUUAUUUUAUUCAUUUGUAUAUUUUUUCAUUUCUUCAUUUCAUUUUCCUGUUUAAAGACAUAGCCUACACUCAAACACAGCAAAAGCAUGAGGUGGACAUGAGUAAAGGAAGGUUAUGGGAACUAAAUCCAGGCGCACAUGGUUGUGAUUGACGUGCUCCAACUCCAGGUGUUAAAAUGGCCUGUCUGCAGUCCAGACCUGUGUCCCCGCCUCGAUGCCAGAGUGCAAAUGAGCAGUUGGCAGAUUUUUCAUUUCACUCUGAGAAUGAAAAUGAAAGCAAACACUGAUAAGUACUGAUCUUCCUGCUUCAACAUUUCUAUACGAGAUGAUGGCAAAGUACAACCUCUUUUUGGCAAAAGCUUUUUGCCUCAUGCUCAUGGUGUUGAGUGCCAGCGAAGCCAUACAGCUUCCAGGUCUCCAAUUAAUAUCUGACUGCUUGGAAACUAAAUGUGGUGUACGGAUGACAUCCUGUCUGAGAACUAAUCAGGGGCAACUCACGGGCAAAGCCAAAGGCUGUAUUGCCCGUGACUGUAAAAAUGCCCUAAAACUGUGUGUGAAACAGAUCCCGAAGAAUGUGUUUGAAUAUGUCAAAGCCAUCACAGAGACCGCUGAGCAGUAUACUGAUGUUGGUCUAGACUUUUUUUCUGACUCCUACCUACAAUGCUGGCAGAGGCCUGACACUCACAAUGGAACUCAACUCACUGACUGUGUGAUUGAUGACCUCUUAGAGACGAUGGAUCCUUUCAUUACUCUAUUUGGCUCUAUGCUGUUCAGUAAUCCAGCCUAUAUGAUAUGCUGGUUUGUUCACAUCGGGAGAAUUCUCGUCACGCUUGGAAUUGACACAAGUAAUCAUGACUAUGCUGUACAAAUGGUAAUGAACAGGGCAAUGGAAGCACAGAGGAAUACGUUAGUAUAUGUGAAAUGUUCGAAUAUGAGAAACCCAGAUGACGACUGCGUUGACAUGUGGAAUCGUAUAUGGGGUACACCAGCAUGGGUGAAACAAAAAAGCAAAGAUGUCUUUGUUGCUUUUAUCCACGAUGCCAUAUCUGCUUCAUCAAAAUGCCGGAGAUCCUGAGUGGGAAAAUCACUAGAAUCACAGGAGUAUGCCCUCUGUCUUCUCUCUAUCAUACACACACACACACACACGCAAAUAUAAGCUUUAUGAAUAAAUGAUCAAACCUGUAGCUUACACCAUUCAUAUUUUAAUUAAUCAAUAAUUUUAGUUUCAACGUCAAUUAUGACUUUCAAUGAUUAUGAAAAGUUUGCUUUUGCUUUGUUUAUAUCCUCCUUAACCCUUCACCAAACCCCUUGGUCGAGGGUAUCAGUUUCAUAGUGCCACAUAGGUUAUAUGACAACUUACAAAUUUGGUGAUGCCCAGCAAAAAAACCUGUCUUACAUUUUGUGGGUUUCCAACCCAGAUCAAGCCAGACAGUGGGAGUGGCAGGUAUAUUAAUCUGUCAUAAUCUUACAUAGCGUUAUUAAUGAAUUUGAGAGUGUUAUAAAAACUGGUUACCUACAAAAAUGUUUAAAAAUGUGUGUACCUAUAAUGUUAAAAAUAAUGUACUGUAUGCAGUGUGCUUUAAGUAGGCAUGCAUACUGUACCUGCACUCUCUUUCUCCCACAACCACACACAAACAAACAGAUAUUUGAAUGGCACUGUCAAUAGCUGCCAUAACCCAUAAAUAAGGCUUUGCUAUGUGCUUAUAUGUAUUAUGAAUAUACUCUUUUUAUUCGUGAGAUAUAAUCAACUGUGAUUAAAUGUACCUGUGUUUAUUUGA